AUGGCGUUUUAUUACCAAUGACAACCUAUUUAAAUUAUAUUCCUCACUCGAAAAUUUUUAGCUGAAGCUGGAUUUCGAGUUUCACGUGGGAUACAUGUUAUCGCAUCAUGCAACAACAAAUUGAAUCAUUUGAAUGUUCCACAUCAAACUAAGUCAUUGUGGUGGCAAAAGAGGCUUCAAUGCUGCGCAAUGUCUUACGAACCACCAAGAAAAUAUGAUUUUGUUAAAGAAAGCAGUAAAAGAGGUCCCAUUAGAUGGACUGGAUUAGUUGUCACUGUUAUUAUUGGUGGUGCUGCUGUAUAUUAUGUUAAACAAGCAAAGGAUGAAAUGGAAAAGAAACAGGAAGCAGAGAAGAAAAGAUCAAUUGGGAAAGCAGCAAUUGGAGGGCCAUUCACCUUGGUAAAUCAUGAAGGAAAAACUGUGACAAAUGAAGACUUUUUUGGUCACUGGUUAAUCUUAUAUUUUGGUUUCACCCAUUGCCCCGAUGUCUGUCCUGAAACACUAGAAAAAUUACAAAAUGCAUUGGAUAAAAUAGAUAAUACAAAAGAUGUACCAGACAAAGUUUUACCAAUAUUCAUCACAGUUGAUCCUGCACGGGAUGAUGUCAAAACAGUUGCUGAAUAUAUUCAAGACUUUCAUCCAAGAUUGAUUGGUUUAACUGGCACAGAAGAGCAAGUCAAAGAAACGUGUAAAGUGUACAGAGUAUAUUACAGUGCAGGGCCAGCUGAUGCUGACAAUGAUUAUAUUGUUGACCAUUCUGUUAUAUUGUAUCUUGUUGAUCCUGAUGGGGAAUUUAUUGAUUAUUUUGGUCAAAAUAUGGAUGAACAUGAAAUAGCUAAUACAACAAUAAGUCAUAUGUUAAAAUAUAAGUUGAGAAGUAAAAAGUAAUUGCAAGUGUAGUUU